GUAACACACGAAACAAAAACAUGCGAGAAUAACUCUUACUAACCUGUAUUUAACAAGUGCACUAACGAAAACACGAUAUAAUACAUGCUAUCUACAAAUACAAACAAUACACAUCAUAAAUAUCUAGAUAUGAACUUUCUAGAUUAUUUGUGCUAGUUUUUUUUUUAUUUUUUAUUUUUGGCUAAUCAAUCAGUUUAAGGUCAUUUACUCUCACUGUGAGUGACUCCCUUGUCACUUCGCUGACUACUGAACUAGGGAGCUGAUUGAGUCAUUUAGUUUGCAUGUAUUUUUUUUCUUUCUGUUAUUUAUUAUCAUCUUAAAUGUCACAGAAGACUGAAGCAACUGAGAUCCAGGUGACACACAAUUAUAAAGAUGGAGUUUAUUAAGGAGGAGAUUGAAGAAGUGAAGAUUGAAGAAGUGUUCAGUCUGAAACAAGAAGAUACUGAGACACAAACAGACCUGAUGCCACUGAAAGAGGAGAGUCAAGAGCUCAAUGAUAUGGAAGAAGAAUAUCAAUAUGAGAAACCUCAUCAGUUCAUGACUGGAGAAAAAUAUUUUAGCAACUCAAAGAUUGAAAAAACAUCCUCACAAAACAAAGAAACUAGAAUAAUUAAACCUUUCACCUGCCAACAGUGUGGAGGUAGUUUCACACAAAAAAGUAGCCUUAACAGGCACAUGAAAUCACACUGGAAUGAAGCCUUUCGCCUGCCAACAGUGUGGAAAGAGAUUCUCUGACAGAACAAACCUUAACACCCACAUGAGUGUUCACACUGGAGAGAGAC